AACCACAUGAAUGCCCAUGAAACUGAAAUACAAAGCUUAAGCCAUGCACUAAAACAUUUACAUUCCCUUGCCUUGUACACUGCUAAUACUGCCCCUGCUCCCCUUGCUCCACAUCCAUUUUUCAGCCGAAAAGUCAUGGCUACCGUCACAACACAAGCCUCUGCUGCCGUUUUCCAGCCAUGCACAUCGAGAACUAGGUUUCUUACAGGGUCUUCUGGUAAGUUAAACAGAGAUGUUUGCUUUAAACCAAUGGCUUCUAAAUCAUCAAGCUCAUUCAAAGUUGAAGCCAAGCAAGGGGAGUGGUUGCCAGGUCUGCCUUGACCGGCUUACCUCAAUGGCAGUCUUCCAGGUGACAAUGGUCUUGAUCCUCUUGGACUGGCUGAGGACCCCGAGAACUUGAAAUGGUAUAUGCAAGCUGAGCUUGUUAACGGGCGUUGGGCUAUGUUGGGUGUUGCAGGGAUGCUUUUGCCUGAAGUUUUCACUAAGAUUGGGAUAAUCAAUGCUCCUCAAUGGUAUGAUGCCGGGAAAGCGGAAUACUUUGCAUCCUCAUCAACCCUCUUCGUUAUUGAGUUCAUUUUGUUCCAUUAUGUGGAGAUCAGAAGAUGGCAAGACAAAAAGAACCGAGGAUGUGUGAACCAAGACCCCAUCUUCAAGCAAUACAGCUUGCCUCCAAAUGAAUGUGGAUACCUUGGUGGCAUUUUCAACCCCCUCAACUUUGCACCUACCCUUGAGGCCAAGGAAAAGGAGCUUGCCAAUGGGAGAUUGGCAAUGUUGGCAUUCUAGGGAUUUGUUGUUCAACGCAACGUGACUGGCAAAGGACCUUUCGAGAACCUGUUGCAGCACCUCUCAGACCCAUGGCACAACACCAUCAUCAACAUAAUCAGAGGUUACUAA